GGCUGGCGUCCCUCCCAGGCGCGCCGUGCAUUGUGGGUGAGAACGAGCGGAGCAGCUUCGGCGUUCCUGGCGAUGAAGCGGCGCCCGGGCUAGGAGGCGGCGCGGAGACGUUUGAAUUAGCUUUAGCAGAAGAGAAAUGGAGGAGCCAUAGAAUAUUAAGGAUGAAUUCAGGAAGGCCUGAGACCAUGGAAAACUUGCCUGCACUCUAUACUAUUUUUCAAGGAGAGGUUGCUAUGGUGACAGACUAUGGAGCUUUUAUCAAAAUCCCAGGCUGUCGGAAGCAAGGUCUGGUCCAUCGAACUCACAUGUCAUCCUGUCGUGUGGAUAAGCCUUCUGAGAUAGUAGAUGUUGGAGACAAAGUGUGGGUGAAGCUUAUUGGCCGAGAGAUGAAAAAUGAUAGAAUAAAAGUGUCCCUCUCCAUGAAAGUUGUCAACCAAGGAACUGGGAAAGACCUCGAUCCCAACAACGUUAUCAUUGAGCAAGAAGAAAGGCGGAGGCGGUCCUUCCAGGAUUACACCGGGCAGAAGAUCACCCUUGAGGCUGUCCUGAACACGACCUGCAAGAAGUGUGGCUGCAAAGGCCACUUUGCAAAAGACUGUUUCAUGCAGCCAGGAGGAACCAAGUAUUCUCUGAUCCCUGAAGAGGAAGAGGAAAAGGAAGAGGCAAAGGAAGAAGGAACUGAAAAGCCUGAUCCCACAAAGAACUCUUCUAGGAAAAGAAAGAAGGAAAAGAAGAAAAAGAAACAUAGAGACAGGAAGUCAUCCGUCAGUGAUAGCUCUGACUCUGAGAGUGAUCUGGGCAAGAAGGCAAGGCAUACAUCAAAAGACAGCAAGGCUACAAAAAAGAAGAAGAAGAAGAAGAAACACAAGAAGAAGCAUAGGGAAUGAGGGUGGACUGGGCCGAGGCAGCCCUGGCUCCAGAAAGACUCAAUAGUGAGAAUAUGGGCUCCCACCCCACUGACUUUGUCCCCGUGGUCUCCUCACGCAGCAAGCAGAUUGGGGAGCAAGAGGGUGGCUCCCAAAAUGUUUUUUCCUUAUUGCUCCUGAUCCCUUUGCAAGUGACCCCCGCAGCCAUUGCAUUCAUAUACACGAUUUUCUCAUUCAGCAGAAGGUUCUAGUCCCAUCCCCGGCUGCCACUGCCAGAGCUGGAUUCCUUUGCAGGAUCCAUGCUAGAGCCACAGGUGCUACUGUGGAGGUGAGCCUGGCUGUCAAGAGAGCAGCCCUCCCCUGCCUGCUACCUGGACCAGUUGUGGGUAGAGUCUUCAGCCUUCAUUAGCGGCAGGAGGGAGAAGUGUUUCACUUCUCCAUUCCCUCAUCCAGGGCCUGUAUUUAAAGUGACAGCCAUGGCGAGAAUAGUCUUUGCAGCGACUGCUGAACCUGAGAUCUGAAGCCAUGGUCAUUGCUCUGCUUUCUGUCUAUCACUAUGUGAGUGAUUGCUUCCAUUUCGGGUCUCUGCUUAAAAUCCUGGCAUAAGUGGAAACGUGUUUGGUUUUAAACUUUCCGGAAGGCAGUAUUUCUAUAAUCCUUCCUGGGUAACUUACAGACUUAGCACAUCAGUUCACAGAAAACAUUUAAUAUGUUAUCUGAGACCCUGGAAAGAGGCCACGCCAAGGCCACUAGCAGGUCACAGCUUUCUUGAGGUCACUUAUAAGCCCUCUCUUCCAUAGUGAAGGCUUCUUUCCCCUGGGCUGAUUAGAACACCAGGAAGACUUUGUGACUUUGGGGACUUGCUGGGCAUGAGCCGUGGCUUAGGAGUCACCUCCCACCACAGUGCUCACUGUUGGACCCUGUGUCCUGAGCCUGUACUCCAGGAGGGGGGGGGUGACCUCAGUACACCAUAGAGUAUUCUGUGCAGGAUGGAGUGGAUCGGCCACUCAUUGACAGUCAGCUGAUCUGACCAUGGGCAGGUCAGUGUAAAGGGAUUGGGUAGACACUGCUGCUCCCUCACUGGUGGCCUGACGCUGUCCACUCGGCUCCUAUCAGUGCUGCUUUCCAGGUGACCUGCAGGCUGUCACUUCAGUCUGUGGCACACAGGAAAGUCAGGCAAAAGGCAACUGGGUGGCCUUGGCUCUGCUUUAUUGACCUCAGAGCACCCUUUGAGUACAGUUUUAAAAAAUAAACCACAUACACAAUGGGAACUGGA